GUCAGAUGACGCGCCGCUCUGACUCGCCAUCGCAGGCGCAUCGCAUUCUUCUGGGAGUCGACGCGAACCACACACCGACAUUUUACACCAAACGGAUAUUUACUCGAUAAAAGCAGCGCUGUUUGUUGGAAACACAGAGAAGAGGAGCAGAAUGGGGUGUCGAGAGGUUUUCAUAUUACUGAUGAUCGCGACGUCGACGCUCGCGGUGGAGGUGCCGUCAGACUCCAGUACUGGACUGCUGGCCGAGCCGCAGGUCGCCAUGUUCUGCGGGAAACUCAACAUGCACAUCAACGUUCAGACCGGAAAAUGGGAACCCGAUCCGUCUGGAACCAAGAGCUGCAUCGGAACAAAAGAGGGAAUCCUGCAGUACUGCCAGGAGGUGUAUCCAGAGCUUCAGAUCACGAAUGUGGUGGAGGCCAAUCAGCCCGUCAGUAUCUGGGACUGGUGCAAGAAGGGCCGCAAGCAGUGCCGCAGUCACAUGCACAUCGUGGUGCCCUACCGCUGCCUGGUGGGAGAGUUCGUGAGCGACGCUCUGCUGGUUCCCGAUAAGUGUAAGUUCCUGCACCAGGAGCGCAUGGACAUGUGUGAGAGUCACCUGCACUGGCACACCGUUGCCAAAGAGUCAUGCGGCGACCGUAGCAUGAAUCUCCAUGAUUAUGGGAUGCUGUUGCCGUGCGGUAUUGACCGUUUCCGUGGCGUUGAGUUCGUCUGCUGCCCUGCGGAAGCGGAGAAGGAGUCGGACAGCGCUGCGGUGGAGGAGGAUGAUUCUGAUGUUUGGUGGGGAGGAGCGGAGACAGACUACAGCGAGAACAGCAUGACUCGAGACGCAGACACUGAACCUGCUGUUGUAGAGGAUGACGAGGAUCCGGACGAGGAAGUGGACGAGGCUGUGGACAACGACCAGGAUGGAGACGGAGACGAGGACGAGAAGGAGGACGAAGAUGAUGAGGUCAUCGACGAGCGCCGCGACAUCGGCCAGAGCACGAGCGUUGCCAUGACGACCACCACGACCACGACAACCGAGUCGGUGGAGGAGGUGGUGCGAGAGGUGUGCUUUGCGAGCGCAGAGACGGGCCCCUGCAGGGCCAUGUUGCCCCGCUGGUAUUUUGUGCGCGAGGAGGGCCGCUGUGCGCCCUUCAUCUACGGAGGCUGCGGAGGAAACCGCAAUAACUUUGAGUCGGAGGAGUACUGUCUGUCUGUCUGCAGCAGCGUGUUGCCGACUCCCUCCUCCAGCCCUCCGGAUGCAGUGGACCGAUAUCUGGAGACGCCGGCGGAUGAGAACGAACACACUCACUUCCUGAAGGCCAAAGAGAGUCUGGAGGCCAAACACCGCGAGCGCAUGUCUCAGGUGAUGAGGGAAUGGGAAGAGGCUGAGAGACAGGCGAAGAGUUUACCGCGCAAUGACAAGAAGGCCGUGAUCCAGCACUUCCAGGAGAAGGUGGAGGCACUGGAGCAGGAGGCGGCCAGCGAGCGCCAGCAGCUGGUGGAGACGCACAUGGCUCGCGUGGAGGCGCUGCUGAAUGACCGCCGGCGUCUGGCCCUCGAGAGCUACCUGUCCGCCCUGCAGGCCGAUCCGCCCCGGCCGCGGCAUGUGUUCAGCCUGCUGAAGAAGUACGUGCGCGCCGAGCAGAAGGACCGACAGCACACGCUCAAACACUUCGAACACGUGCGCAUGGUCGACCCCAAGAAGGCCGCGCAGAUUCGGCCGCAGGUGCUGACCCAUCUGCGUGUGAUCGAGGAGCGGAUGAAUCAGUCUCUCGGGCUGCUGUACAAGGUGCCGGGAGUCGCCGAUGAUAUCCAGGACCAAGUCGAGCUGUUGCAGCGCGAGCAGCAGGAGAUGUCGGCUCAGCUGGCGAACCUGCAGAGCGACGUGCGGGUCAGUUACGGUAACGACGCCCUGAUGCCCGACAGCACCGCCAGCCUGGAUCUGCUGCCCGCUGAAGACACGCAGGGCUUCGGCUUCAUUCACCCCGAGAGCUUCAACCAGCCCAACACACAGAACGAAGUUGAGCCGGUAGAUGCCCGACCCGUCGCAGACCGAGGCCUCCCGACCCGACCAGUGUCUGGACUGAAGCCUGACGAUGUUCCUGAGCUGCGGAUGGAAGCCGAAGAGAGACACAGCGAAGUUUACCACCAGAAACUGGUUUUCUUUGCGGAGGACGUGAGCUCCAAUAAGGGAGCUAUUAUUGGCCUGAUGGUCGGAGGCGUUGUCAUAGCAACCAUCAUCGUCAUCACCCUGGUGAUGCUGAGGAAGAAGCAGUACACGUCCAUCCACCACGGAAUCAUUGAGGUGGACGCUGCCGUGACCCCGGAGGAACGUCACCUGUCCAAGAUGCAACAGAACGGCUAUGAAAACCCCACCUACAAGUUCUUUGAGCAGAUCCACAACUGAUGGCGUAAUGCCCCCCCCCCACCUUCCCCUUACCCUCCUCAUUUCCAGACGCUGCAGAAGACACCAGCCGAAUCUCACCGCGUCAUAAACAUCACGCCUGUUAUUGGCCAGUUCCCGUGACUGUCAAUCAAACAUGACCUCCCAUUGGCUGGACGAACAUUCACAUGAUCAGUUUCAGGUUGUUGAAGAUUCCGUUUCAAAUUGAAUGCACAAUUCAAAUUCAGUUGGAAUUCAAAUGGCAAAUUAGAUUAAACACAUAAUUCAAAUUCAUUUAAAAUCAAAUUGAACACAAUUUGAAUCCAGUUCACAUCAAAUUGAACACAAUUUGAAUUCAGUUCACAUCAAAUUGAACACAAUUUGAAUGCAGUUCACAUUAAAUUGAACACAAUUUGAAUUCAGUUCACAUCAAAUUGAACACAAUUUGAAUCCAGUUCACAUCAAAUUGAACACAAUUUGAAUUCAGUUCACAUCAAAUUGAACACAAUUUGAAUGCAGUUCACAUUAAAUUGAACACAAUUUGAAUUCAGUUCACAUUAAAUUGAACACAAUUUGAAUUCAGUUCACAUCAAAUUGAGCACAAUUUGAAUUGUUCACAUCAAUUUGAACGCAUAAUUCAAAUUCAAUUCACAUCACAUUGAACAUAAUUCGAAUUAAUUUAAAAUCAAAUUGAGUGCAGAAUUUCGAAUUUGAAAUCAAAUUGAACAUUUCAAAUUAAUUUGAAAUCAAAUUGAACAUUUCAAAUUAAUUUGAAAUUCAAAUUGAACGCAUAAUUCAAUUUCAAAUCACAUCAAUUUGAACACACUUCAAAUUCAUUUCAAAUCCAAUUAAGCGCAUAAUUCGAAUUCAUUUCAAAUCAAAUUAAACGUAUAAUUCGAAUUCAUUUCAAAUCAAAUUGAAGGAAUGAUUUUGAUUCAGUUCAGAUGAAAUUGAAGGCAUGAUUCUGAUUCAGUUCACAUCACAAAUCAAAUUGAACACAAUUCAAAUUCAGUUCAAAUCAAAUUGAUCGCAUAAUUCAAAUUCAGUUCAAGUCAGAUUGAAUCUAUAAUUCAAAUCACAAAUCCAAUUGAAUGCACCACUAAAGUUCAGUUCAUAUUCAAAUCACAGUUCAAAUUAAAUGCAUAAUUCAAAUUUGAAUUCACUCCAGAUUUUUCAACCACGACCUCCCAUUGGCUGGACGAACAUGAACAUGAUCAGAUUAACGCUUUUUUUUCCGUUUAAUGCACAAUUCAGAUUCAGCGUUUAGGGCCGGCGAGUGACUGGCGUGUCGUGUCCCCUGCACCGUCUGCUCUCACUACUAAACGAGUGAAACACUGGGAGAUCUGAAGGGUGAACGUCCGAGACUUCAUCCCGUCAGACACGCCUCCUUCCCUCCUCUUCCUCCCUCCUGUCAUCGCACACUGACUGCAGCUGCGCUGUGUUUGGUGAUCAUUAAACCAGUCACAAAAAAAUCUAGUGGUAAAUUUGAUGUCCUUCUGAAUGAGAUCUUGAAAUUGUUUGAUUGUUUCUGGUUUGUUUUUCAAGAAAAAAGAAUAAUUGUAAAAAAAAAAAAAAAGAAAUUUGCCAAAAAAAAAAAGUUUUUUUUUUUUUUGUCAAUAUUAAAGUAAUGCAAAAAAGAUUAGUUGUAACUAUGUAGUGCAUGAUAGAAAAAAUGAUGGAAAAACUAUUUGGAUCUUGGUCUUUUCUCACGUAGAGACAUUUUAGCAGGGUUAAACAGUAACUUGUGAAAAUGUGAUUUGAGUUGCACAAAAAAAUGAUAAACUCAAUUGGCUUCUGCUUUGAUACAACUUCGAUUUAAACGGAUCCAUGCUUUUACUUCAAUAUUUUUUUUAUCAGCGGUGGCUGUCGAUGUACAUUUACUGUCUUUAAUGUUUUCGUUCUAUGCAUUUCAGAGAUUUAUUUACUCCUUUAUAAACAGCUAUUUAAUUUUGAUUUUC